ACACUGCUGCUCAUCUCUCCGACCGGGCUGACCUUUACUCUUUAAUAACUUAGCAGUGUGCUAGUGCUUCACCUUCUGCAAUCAUGACCGGCAGAAAAUUCUUCGUGGGUGGAAACUGGAAGAUGAACGGCGACAAGAAGAGCCUGGGAGAGCUUAUUAAAACCCUGAACAGCGCCAAGCUUAACCCCGACACUGAUGUGGUGUGUGGUGCUUCUCCCAUUUACCUCGACUUUGCCAGGUCCAAGCUUGAUGCCAAGAUCGGUGUAGCUGCACAGAACUGCUACAAGGUUGCCAAGGGCGCCUUUACUGGAGAGAUCAGCCCUGCGAUGAUUAAGGACUGUGGUGUGGGGUGGGUGAUUUUGGGACACUCCGAGCGCCGCCAUGUUUUUGGAGAGAGUGAUGAGCUUAUUGGCCAGAAGGUAGCUCAUGCCCUCGAGAGCGGUUUGGGUGUUAUCGCCUGCAUCGGUGAGAAGUUGGACGAGAGGGAGGCUGGCAUUACUGAGAAGGUUGUGUUUGAACAGACCAAAGUCAUCGCAGAUAAUGUUAAGGACUGGAGUAAGGUUGUGCUUGCAUAUGAGCCUGUCUGGGCUAUCGGAACCGGCAAAACUGCAUCACCACAACAGGCUCAGGAGGUGCAUGAUAAACUCAGGCAGUGGAUGAAGACCAAUGUUUCAGAGGCUGUUGCUAAAUCUGUUAGGAUCAUCUAUGGAGGUUCAGUUACUGGUGCAACCUGCAAGGAGCUGGCAUCCCAGAAAGACGUAGAUGGCUUCUUAGUGGGCGGAGCUUCUCUGAAGCCAGAGUUUGUCGAGAUAAUCAACGCAAAGGCAUAAAAGAAGCUUGGAACAACUGAACACCUGGCAACAACACCACCCAUUUUUUUAGUCACUGUUGUCCUAACUCAAAGCACUUGUGUGCCACCUGAACUUAGCUUGCUUCAUUUAAGUGUUUUCUUAUUAUUGUUUGUGCAUUGUUGUAUUGUCUUGAAGUUAUCGACACUCAGAACAAAUGCAGUAGUAUCAGGCCAGGAGACGAUUUCUGGGUUUAUCAGCUGUCCAUACUGUUGUACAAACUGCUGACCUGUAUUAGAAUAAUUGAAGAAUUAGCACUGUACUUUUGAGGCCACGCCUUAAAAAUGUUUACCAACCUCUUAUGGGUAUUUGCUGUUAACUCUAGGCAAAAUGUCAACCACAUGGAGUGUCCUUCAUAAAUCACUGGACUUCCUCAUUGCUGUAUGUUCUGUGAUUAACUGUUAAUUUAAGUGUAUUAAUUUUGUUUAUGCCACAGAGGCUGUUUAUUACAUGUCAAGCAUGGUGUCCGAGCCAGAAGUGCUGAAGAACACAAUAAACGCUUAAGUAUUACAAGA